CGCGUCAGUCGGCAGCCCAGCAGCAACACUCAGUUUAAUGUUGGUCCUUGACGGAGAGAAGCACCGUCAACCACAGCUCCGUAUUAGUCUUCUCAACUUUGCUGCUGUCAUACUGUGUGUUGUAGGCUUCCAAGGAUGCGACUUCUUUUGGUGGUGUUGGUGGUGGUAGCGGUGAUGCUGGGUGGUGGUACCGUGGGUCAUCUGCCGCCCCGAGAGAAGUCAUAUAAAAUUUUAUUUCUUCUAAUGGCAUCCCCGAUUAGCCACAGGAACGUCUUCAUUCCUAUAGCAGAGGCCUUGGCUGAUCGCGGUCACCAGGUGGAGGUGUUGUCGUGCCUCCCAGAAUUCUCCACCACCAGGAACAUCACACAAUAUAACAUUGGAAUCGAUUUUUUGAAAGAUUCUAAUAUGUUCGAAAUUCUUGAACAGGAAGUCGAUAUAUUCGACCUGAUUAUGCGCUCAAUAGUGCCACUGGUGGAUGUGAUGUACCAGUCUCCCGUAGUACUGGAUCUUUACGAAAGGAGGAAAACAUUUGACAUCUUCCUGGUGGAUCACAUUUGUAACGAGCUGGCAUAUCCGUUUGUGUACGAGAUGCCCUUCAUCACUGUAGCUACCCCGGGCAUGGACCCCACGCAGAGUGCCAUAAUGGGCAACGUUCUCAACCCAGCCUUCACACCUACCUUAAUGGGCAGCAUUUUUACCCAGUGGAAUGUUUACGAUCGUCUUCUCAACUUACUGGCUCACAUCCACUAUCCAUUUAUCUAUUACUACUGGACGUACUUACCAGCACUUCAAAAAGAGAUCUCGGAAAAAUUCCCGGAGUUUCCACUGUUGAUAGACAUAAGCAGGAAUCAGAGUCUGACGCUGAUGAACUCCCACUUCACUUUCUCAAUGUCUUACCCACUCCUUCCCUCUCAAGUGGAGGUGGGCGCCCUCCAUUGUCGUCCAGGCAAACCACUGCCACAAGAUCUCAGUUCAUGGAUUGAAGGAGCCGGGGAAGCUGGUGUCGUGUACUUUAGCAUAGGAUCCGUCACCAAGGGAGACACAAUGCCCACCAAGUACCGUGAAUUGUUCAUCCAAGCUUUUAGCAAACUUGAGCAGCGGGUUAUCUGGAAAUAUGAAGGCGAUCUUCCAGGAGUGUCGGACAACGUUCUCAUAAAGCCCUGGCUGCCCCAGCAGGAUAUUUUAAAUGAUCCAGGAGUGAAGAUGUUCAUAAGUCAUGGAGGUCUUCUGAGUACACAGGAAGCCAUCUACCAUGCUACACCCAUGCUGGUUCUUCCUAUCUUUGCCGAUCAACCAAGAAAUGCUGAAAAUAUUGCUAGUAAGGGAAUCGGACUGUACUUAAACUGGCAUGAGUUAUCAGUUGAUCGAAUUAUCACGACAAUUCAAGAAAUAAUCAAUAACCCUAAAUACAAGAGGAACGUACAGGAGAUUUCAGCCUCUUUGAGGGACCAGAUUACGACACCAAAAGAACGUGCAGUGUAUUGGACGGAAUAUGUGAUCCGUCACGGAGGAGCACCUCACCUCAAGACUCCAGGUGCCAACCUCUCCUGGGUAGAAUACUUGAUGCUGGAUGUUUUGUUACUCCUCUUCUUGGCUGUUAUCAUCACCUUUUUCGUCGUUAAGAAGAUGGUGUUACUGAUCAUAAAAAAAAUAUUUACGAAUAUACAGGCAAAAGAUAAGCUCGCCUAAUUGAUGUUAUCGGUAUCAAUGAUUUCCCACUUUCAUUGAAAAAAUUAACAACUUAUUGUAUUUCCGUCGCUACCCGAUCCCAGUAAAAUAUUCCCAUGUCACAUAACCCCAGUCUCUGUUGUCUCAGUGUAUGCGAGUGGAACAGUGCAGAGUGAGGCGCAAGUUGAUAAUGCCAUUAAAUAUUAACGUCGAUAAUUUUAAGGGAAUCAGAAGAGGCAUUCACAAGUCAUGAUAUGAAAAAUAAUAUACAAAUUUCUUCUAGAAAAAAAAGUUAAAUUAGGGGUUACACAUACAUUAUUUGUAACUAAUAUAUCCAGUAAUUUGAUUUUUUCAUUGUUGUAAAUCUAGAAAAUCUAAAAGCAUCAUAAGAUGAUCUUAAAACUUGAAGAGAUAAAACGUGUCGUCAGUUUAACAUCUGCUCAAAACAAGUUUAAAUACAACGGAACAAUUAUCAAAGCAAGUUGCUUCAUGAAAACAGAGGAAAGUAUUAGUAAGAGUGAGUCCAAGAGGAAGACAUUACAGCACCAUCAACCUGAUCGUAAGAUUUAUCAUUGAACAUGAACGUAGAGUUGUGAACAGAUUUUCAACAAAUAAUUCCAACGAGUUUCAUUAGGAUCUACUAAUUCAGAUUCAGCAGAUAAUGAAUUAACACAGCUGGAUUAUGUUACCAAUAAACGUAUACCAGUAAAUAAAUAUUCUAAAUAUAAAUUUACUAUAAUAGCAGAAAUUUCUAAGUCUUAGCUCUUGAUUCUGUACAAUACUAUAUAUAUAUAUA